GUCGCGCCGAAAAGCGACAGAAUCUGUUGCAGCUGCGGCAGAGCGGAGUUUUCUGAGUGAUUUAGGUGGUUAUGAACAGUCCCAUGGCUGGUUCUGCCGCCUCCAGUUCUAAAGAGCGUCCAGUUUCCAGGACCAGUUUCAUCCCAGAGCUACAGAGCAUGAUGUUUGCUCUGGGAGACGCUCGCCGGCCGCUGCAGGAAACAGCAGCUCUGGUGGAAGAUGUCGUCCACACGCAGCUCAUCACCAUGCUGCAUCAGGCCUGUGAAGGAGCAGCUCUCCGUGGUUCCAGAGUCAUUUCAGCUGAAGACAUUUUGUUCCUGAUGAGGAGAGACAAGAGGAAAGUGGCCCGAUUGUUAAAAUAUCUCCAGUUCAGAGAUUAUAAAUCCAAACUCCUGAAAACUCUGGAGGAUGAAGACACACCUCAGGAACAAGACAGGUGGGCAGCCUCAGGUGCUGCUGGUGGUGCUGUUGCCGGGGGCAACCAGCGGAGGCAGCGAUUGGCUCAGGACUUCCUGGUGUGGAUGGAUCAGACGGGUGAGCUGCUGUCGUUGGCCGAGCGUCAGGAGGUCGACCCGAUCAAACAGGAGAGGAUGGAGCGUUUAGAGCGUCAGACUCGGAACAUGGACCAGGCUCAGUACUCAGAGUUCUGUGAGAGUCGACAGCUCAGCUUCGCUAAAAAAGCCUCCAAGUUUCGGGACUGGCUCGACUGCAGCAGUCUGGAGCUGAAGCCCAACAGCAUCGCCAUGGAGAUCCUGUCCUAUCUGGCCUAUGAGACAGUUGCCCAGAUCGUGGAUUUAUCUCUGCUGGUGAAACAGGAAAUGACGGCCAAAACCAACCCCAUCAGUCACGUGAUCUCAGCCAGUUACAUCCACUACAACACACACACUGAGGUGAAGAAGGAUCCAGACUCACCUGAGGCCACGCCCCCCUCCACUCCAGGCUCCUCCCACUCUAAGCCCAUCCUGCAGGGAAACGGCAGCCUGGACGGCCGGGCGAAACAAAGGAAACGGAAGAAGAGCUGUCUGGCUGCAGUAGAACCUCCCAGUGGAGCCAUUCAGCCCAGUCACAUCAGAGAGGCCAUCAGGAGGUACAACUACAGACACACGACAGCUUACAGGAGGACUGGGAUGAGUUUUCUGGCCUGCUGAGGAUCCACCAAACAUUCUUGUAUGUGUCUCUAUAUACAUAUAACAUGGAGAUAGAAUAGAACAGAAUAGAGUUUAUUGCCAUUUACAAGAAGCAGCUACAUUGAACUGAAUCAUUAAGCAUGAGGAGUCACAUCACGACCUUCAUAACCCCCAGCUCGGACCCAUCCCAGUUUGCCUACAAGGCAAACAGAUCGAGGACACCGUGAACGCAGCACUACACACAGUGCUGUCCCACCUGGAGAAACAAAGUAACUACGCCCGCCUUCUCUUUGUGGAUUAUAGUUCAGCGUUCAAUACAAUCCUCCCACACGGUCUCGUGAGGAAACUGCUGGACCUCGGUCUGCCUCACUCCACAUGCCUCUGGAUAAAGGACUUUUUGACAGAGCGCCCACAGAGGGUCAGGAUUGGCCCCCACACCUCCACACCGGUUCCCCUCAAGGCUGUGUGCUGAGCCCCCUGCUCUUCACCCUCUACACUUCAGACUGCACCCCCAUCCACACCAGUAACACCUUCAUCAAGUAUGCGGACGAUACCACAGUGGUCGGCUGCAUCACAGGAGGUGAUGAGUCCGCUUACCGGGAUGAGGUGCAACAGCUGACUGUGUGGUGUAGGGACAAUAACCUGCUCCUGAACACAUCCAAAACAAGGAGCUCAUCAUAGACUUCAGUAAUAACAAAACGGACUUUCAGCCCAUUCUCAUUGGUGGUACCUGUGUAGAAAGGGUCAGUGACUUCCACUUUCUGGGAGUCCACAUGGAGGAGAAGCUGACCUGGAAUAAGAACACUACACAGCUGGUAAAGAAGGCACAAAAAAGACUCCACUUCCUGAGAAUCCUCAGGAAGAACAACAUCAGCCAGAGACUGCUUGUGUCCUUUUACCGCUCCACCAUGGAGAGCAUCCUCACCUACUGCCUCUGUACAUGGUUUGCCAGCUGCACAGUGGCAAACAGGAAAGAACUCCAGAGGGUCACCAAAAUGGCUGAGAAGGUCAUUGGGUGCCCUCUGCUCACACUGGAGGACCUUCAUGGCUCCUACUGCCUCAGAAGAGCCAACACCAUCCUGAAGGACUCCUACCACCCGGGCCACUUCCUGUUUGAGCUACUGCCAUCAGGCAGAUGGUACAGGGCCAUCAAAACCCGGACAAAUAGACUUAAAAACAGCUUUUUUCCAACAGCUGUAAGAGCCCUAAACAACACUGGUCCAUAAUAUGUGCAAUAUAUGCAACUGUCACUACCUCGUGCAAUAUCCAAUAUUCAUCCUGUAUAUACAAACUACAGUUUUUCUCUGCUCUUAUGUAAAUACCUCAACCCAUGUUUUAACGGUGCCUUUUCAAUUUUAAAUCCAUCUUGUCAUUUUGUGUUUUUGUUUUUAUUAUUACAAAGCUUUUAUAUAUAUUUUGUAUUUUGCACUGUAUGGCCUGCACCUUACCUUUCGUUGCACUUGUUGCAAUGACAAUAAAGUGAAUCUGAUCUGAUCUGACAAAAAUAAUUUAAAAUACUUAGACAUACACACAAUUGACAUAUAAUGAGCAUAUAAAUGCUAAUAGCAUGAAAGAAGGGAUACAAGCAGAUAAGUAUUAUUUAUUUAGAUACAAACACAAGUAGGGUGAAUAAUAAGUGUGCACUGGGUCACAGUGGGUCGUCUAUAAAGGAACAGUAAAAGUGUAAAUUUUCAUGAAAAGAAUGAAACUCAAUAAAACUGAGUUGCUGCA